AUGACAUCGCAAUUAGAGAAGAUGCCGAAGUCGAUUCCGAGACUCGAGCAGAUUCCACAAGUUGGACUGGCAGAUCAGACAUCGAAAAUUACACAAAUAAAACAAGAUCUAAUGGCAGAUUCACCAAAUUCGAAACGACAGCGUAUCGUCUCCACGGAAGAUGAGCGUACAGCUUCACAACUAAUACAUUGUCUUGAAGAGCAGGACGAGUUAUAUGAAUUGCAUACGCAUCUGUUAGGUAUGGGCAAUGCUUCCUUCUGGAUCCACAGCAUCUUAACAGAUCAAGCCAAACUACCUCCCCAAACUGACUUUUUAAGUAACGACCGAAUAAGAAAACAUUUGGGACCAUUAGUGUGGAAUAAGCAAGUACACAAAUUUAUUGAUCAAUCGGAAACAAAACAAUUCUUUGACGAACUCUGCACUGGAGAAAAGUUAAAUGAUGUCUUCAGUUCAUACCGCUAUAAAAUGUUUAAACAUUUGCAAUCCGAAGAUUUCUUCAAAAAUCUAAAGCGUCACGACCUGACGUUUAAAGACCAUUUUUCCUAUGAUAUAAUUUUUUCAAUAGAAAAGCUCUGUUAUGCGCUCGAAUUAAGUCCAACACAAUCAAAAGAUACAAUUCAGGCAAUGAUUGAAGAAAAAUUAGGAGUGUACACAAGAAACGAUUGGCAAGAGCGUAAAUUCUUUAAAUACUGGAUUAUAUUUAAUGCACGAGAUCAGACAUUUGAAGUGGUUUACGGUAUGAGAGCAGAAGAUCUCCGACUGCUUAUUGGUGGGGCAAAACCAAUUAAUCAAUUAACUGACCCUGCACAACGCGAUGCACGUGCACAUAUUAUAAAUGCAUUUUCAAUGAUGAAUGCAGAUGGUAGUGAGCCACGUUCAAUAGAUUUCCAUUCAUUUCGCGGUUCAUUCACGCCACAAUUUUAUCCACGACGAUUUGCUUUGAAAGAUUCAAUAUAUUCCCAAAGACUCGACUUUUUAGCGCUUCUGUUACGCAAUGCUCUUCACCGGUUCUCAACAUGUUUACCGCCAAUUAAAUAUUGCGAAUUUUCUGUUGGCUGCGGUGAUUUAAGUCGCGCAUGGGUGCUUGACGUUUUAUCUACAUUUUGCAAAAGCAAAUCCCUUGCAGGCACAUUUAAAACAUUAGUGAAUAAUGGCUGUUUUCCUUGGCUUAAAACAUAUUGUGUUAAUCAAGAUAUCGACUAUCGGUUUUUGGCAGGAUUCAAUCGCACAAUAUCUAAAGUCAGUAAAGGCUAUUCCACAGAUGACGCACUUACGUUUUUAUUGGAACUUCCACACUGUGCGAUACAUCGCAUGCUCCGAGAAUUUUACAACAGCGAUAAUAGACGACCUACUACAUUGUUCACUGAACAUGUGCAGCAACUCGAACGAUUAAAGAAGAAAGCAUAUGAAGAUCGAAACUUUUUUUAUUGGGUAGUAGGAUUUGAUCUAUUUGGUGACGAAUUGGGAUAUCCUUAUUGUCCUUUUGUCGCAUAUGAGUUUUUAGAUUUUUUUCAAGAGGCGAGGAAACAUAAUGCUAACUUCGGUGUACGUAUUCAUUGCGCUGAAAACGUACCAUUUAUUCGUCCAGAGUUACCUGGAUACCGUCUCUUUGUUGCACAUAUGUAUAUCGUCUAUCGCUGUCUCGAUUUUCUGAAACAAAAGUUAGGGCAUAGUAUUCGAGUAGGUCACGGUAUCGCUUUUGAUAUACUACUUUCUAUUAAGAACUAUACAUAUCGAAAAUCUAGUGUACUCGUAGCGCAAAUGCAAAAUGCUCGAAGAUUGCUAUCAUCGAUUCCAUUUGAAGUAAACAUAACUAGUAACUUUUAUCUUCUCGGCGAUGCUAUUAGAAAUACGACAAAUUCGAAGCCCCUCCACGUCUUGAAACAAUUCGAUAUUCCAAUCGUUUUAUCAACAGACGACGAUGGAAUAUGGCCCAUUGAUCGGUGUCCUCUUGGACACCAAGGUCAUCAUUCCCUAGCUGCUGAGUAUUGUCGUGCCAUUACAACUAGUUUUAUUACUGAAGAAAACCAAUUAAAAAUCAUGACGCAGGGAGCUAAAAGGUUCUGCUUUAAAGACAAAAAAGAAUUGGCUCAAUCUGUAGCUAAAUAUUCUCAAAAUAACGAAAAUAAGUCUUUUCCUACAGAGGUCGUCUUACAUCCCGAUGUUUUCCGUACACUUCUUCCGAGAGCACAAAAUAAAAAGGGGCAAAUUUUAUCUAAUUGCAAAUGUAUCAAAUAUUACGAGAAUAUUUAUGGCACGGAAACAGUUGACAGCAACAAGUAUAAUCGGAAUGGUUGGAAAGAACACUGUGGGCUUAUUGCUCCCGUAGCUGUAGCCUGCUUCUAUCUGACGCGUUUACUACCUUUUAAGCAGUUUAAGAAAGAAUGUGACGUUUUAUUUAAGGACCGUUGUAAUGUCGAAGAAAUAUUUAAGGUGUGUGAAUAUGUGUAUUCAUACUUAAUGAGUGAUGCACCUGGUCAAGCUGUACGAAUGCAAGUGCAGGUGAAUAACAGGGAUUAUUUAUUCUUUUCUGAACACUCAAAUAAUUUUAAAGAGUCACCUGAUUUUUUUUUAAAUAUUAUAGAGAAAUUUCUCACAAGCUGCACUGAAAAGGCGGUAGUGUUCGGAUUUCUUCCAUGUAUUCAUUUGAGUAAUCCACAAAUAAGGUUAAAUGUAGAAAAUAUAGAUAAAAAACUUGAGAAUAAGAAUGUCAAAGUCUGUAUUCAUACGAACGGAAACAAAGAUACAAUUCCACCAGAUUACACGAGCGAAAGAAUAUACAUCAAUGAUAAACCUAGUAGACGCACAGAUCCAGAUGAAAAGUUAGUUGAAUGUAUGAUCUACGCUGUUUGUCCUCACAGCAGUGCCGCUACUAGUGCAUUGAUUUUCCUUGCCAAACACAUCAAUGACUCUAUUGUAUUUAGUCCGCAACAUACACUACUGCGCACAUUAAUUGUUCCUUUUCUACCAUUACGAUACGGUUAUUCGGCCGACGACGAUGAGACAAAUAUAAAAACAGCAUUUUUAGAUAAGUAUGCGCUGUCGAGCACGAAGUUGAAAAGUAAAAUUGUUGUAAAAAAGAAAAGAAUUUGUAAAGUUUUAUUUGAUUCUUCACUCAAUUUUUUAUAUUCUGAAGUUAAAUAUGCUGAACAGAUAGACAUAAAAGAUCUUGCUGAAAAAGUACAUGUAGAGGAAGAAACAUUCGUUGAAAUUCUACGAUUGUUGUGUAAAUCGAUCGAUGAGUUUGAUUUAUGGCCCAGAUCUUUUGUCAUAAUAGAGAAAACGAGUGACUAUGAAUCAUACCUAAAAAUCGUUAACGAAAACCGAAACAAAGUUCCAGUUCCCAUUAUCGAAAUCGAAAAUAAUAUGUUGCUUAUCUGCAAUAGCGCAGAUAUAUACGAAACGAGUUCACCAAAAAGAAAAUCUGCAUAUCUGUGGUCUUUAGCUGCAUGUUACAAUCCUCCACUGAAUCCAGGGAGGAGUCCAUAUGAGUAUCCGCUCAAGAAAUGGGUAGAAUCAAUUGUACGAAUUGAAAUAGAAACUCUGAAUAAAAAAUUCGGACCCCAUACUUGGGAGGAGUUUUUAUAUAAAGUUUUAAUGAGCGCUAGAAAGUACGCCUGGUUCUGGUAUACAGUCAACAGUUGGUGUGAUGUGAUUUGUUAUGCGUUUCAGAAUGUCACUGAUAAAAAGAGACUCGCUGCUUUUAAAAAGUUUUUGAAUGAAAAGAAUCGUAUUGACAAAUUCAAAACAUUAGUAAAUAAUACUGAUCGCUACAGAUUAGGAAAUCGAUGGCAGAAAGAUAUUAUAAAUAGUCAUGAGGCAAAUAAGUACUUAAGAAAACUACUUGAGUAA